AGUAUUAAAUUGAAAUUCAAAGUGCUUGGACGUUAUCUUGAGUAUAACAAUUAUUUUAAUGCAAGUGAAAAUACGUUAUUUUAUUUUCAUUAAAUUUACAUUGUGCCGAGCUCUCCCUGAAUCAAGUUUAACAAUUAAUUGGUAUUAAUUAGUUGUUGGCUCCGCCGUUGGUCAACUAAAGGAGCAACCCAUUAAGGAAGCGCUAAUCUCGGGCGGAACCAAACAUUAUAUGUAUAUCAUUGAACAUUUUAAGAACAUAAAUAUUUCAAGAUGUUUGUUCAAAGGGAAAUUUUAAUGCACGAGAGGAUGACGCCACGCCCAUUGCUUAGUUAAAAAAUCGAUAUACGAUCUAAUUCACAUAUUUAGUGAAGAAAAUUUUAUGUUUCUGAUAGACCGGAAGCAAGAAAUAACUCCACGAAAUGUCUCAAAAACGCUCUGUGUCGAAAAAUCCUAACUUAGAUCAAAUGUCUUCCGACUUCCUAUACCACUUAGGGGUAAAUGUACCGGAUACUAAGAACACAGCAGAUAUUAAAAAGCAGUAUGGACAUAUUAAGGUGGUGUGUUUAGGUGGCAAGGACACGCGUAUGCUUGAAUUGGCAAAAUAUAUACAUUUCAAUGUGUACGAUGGCAAUUCGGGUAGUGAUUACGAAAGGAAUUUAUUCGAGGAUGGCCACAGAUAUGCUGGGUUUAUGGUUGGCUGCGUGUUAUGUGUAAGCCAUGGUGUUGGCAGCUCCUCGAUGAGUGUGGUAUUACACGAAGUAAUUAAAUUGGUUAGUUACGCCGAAUGUGUAGAUCCGCUAUUUAUACGCAUUGGCACCAGUGGUGGUCUAGGGAUUAAACCGGGCACUGUAGUUGUGGCUAACAAGGGCUAUAAUGGCUUACUACUCAGUGAAUAUGAAAUUGCUAUUUUAGGAGAACGCGUCGCACGGCCAGCCCAAUUCGACGAGAGAUUACGUAAAGACAUAAUUGCUUGCACGGAAGCAGCAGACACCGAGGAGCAAAAUACCUGGGAUAUUAUUGAAGGCAAUACAAUGGGCACAGAUUGCUUCUACGAAGGUCAAGGCCGACUCGACGGCGCUUCUUGCACGAACUCAAAUGGCGAGCCGUACACCGUUGUCGAUAAACUAAACUUCCUGCGACGCUGUCACGAUGAAUGUGGCAUAAGAAAUAUUGAAAUGGAGGCGCCAAUGUUUGCAGCGUUGACCUUGCACUGUGGCAUACGCGCGGCUGACGUGUGCGUAACGCUUUUGAAUCGACUGGAGGGCGAUCAGGUGAAGAGUACCAAGGCACAAUUAAAGGACUUUGAAGAGCGUCCGUUUAAGCUUGUGUCGCGCUUUAUAAAACGUUACAUAAUAAACUGUGUAUAAACGUGACAAUAAAAUAUAUAUUUUCUCUUUUAAAUCUCUUGGAUUAAAAUUUUUCCGCUCGCUUUGGAAGCAUCAUUUG